AUGGCUAACAAAGAGGCGUUGAAAAUUUGUACCAUAAAGUCUAGGCUUUCUCGGAAAACUCUUGUUGAUAUUGUGAAGAAGUAUCACAUCUAUCCCGACUUCCGCCUUUGUCUUUGUGAACCAGGGAACGCCAUCGUUGACGCUUUAGAAGGCUUUGUUGGUGUAUACCGAGUAUUCUUUAAGUCUUGGCUGUGUCUGCUAGCAUUUGAUUUCCUAGAGGAAAUCUUUGAUUAUUAUCAUCUUCACAUCACCCAAAUUACCCCAAAAUGGGUUUCGAAAAAUCAUUUGAUCUGCGAUGUUAUGCUCUACAUUUGA